AUGGAGCCCGCGGGCCGGGCGCCCGGCCGCCUCGGGCCGCUGCUCUGCCUGCUGCUCCCCGCGUCCUGCGCCUGGUCAGGAGUGGCGGGUGAGGAGGAGCUGCAGGUGAUUCAGCCUGAGAAGUCUGUAUCAGUUGCAGCUGGAGAGUCGGCCGCUCUGCAGUGCACUGUGACCUCCCUGAACCCUGUGGGGCCCAUCCAGUGGUUCAGAGGAGCUGGACCAGGCCGGAAAUUAAUCUACCAUCAAAAAGAAGGCCACUUCCCCCGGGCGACAACUGUUUCAGACCUCACAAAGAGAACCAACAUGGACUUUUCCAUCCGCAUCAGUAACAUCACCCCAGCAGAUGCCGGCACCUACUACUGUGUGAAGUUCCAGAAAGGGAGCCCUGACGUGGAGUUGAAGUCUGGAGCAGGCACUGAGCUGUCUGUGCGUGCCAAACCCUCUGCCCCCGUGGUAUCGGGCCCCGCAGCGAGGGCCACACCUGAGCACACAGUGAGCUUCACCUGCGAGUCUCAUGGCUUCUCACCCAGAGACAUCAGCCUGAAAUGGUUCAAAAAUGGGAAUCAGCUCUCAGACUUCCAGACCAACGUGGACCCCGCAGGAGAGAGCGUGUCCUACAGCAUCCACAGCACAGCCAAUGUGGUGCUGACCCACGGGGACAUUCACUCUCAAGUCAUCUGCGAGGUGGCCCACGUCACCUUGCAGGGGGACUCUUUUCAUGGGACUGCCAACUUGUCUGAGACUAUCCAAGUUCCACCCACCUUGGAGGUUACUCAACAGCCCAGGAGGGCAGAGAACCAGGUGAAUAUCACCUGCCAGGUGACGAAAUUCUACCCCCAGAGACUACGGUUGACCUGGUUGGAGAACGGCAAUGUGUCCCGGACAGAAACGGCCUCAACUCUUACAGAGAACAAGGAUGGCACCUACAGCUGGAUGAGCUGGCUCCUGGUGAAUGUAUCUGCCCACAGGGAUGAUGUGAAGCUCACCUGCCAGGUGGAGCAUGACGGGCAGUCAGCGGUCAGCAAAAGCCAUGACCUGAAGGUCUCAGCCCACCCAAAGGAGCAGGGCUCAAAUACCGCCGCUGAGAACACUGGACCUAAUGAACAGAACAUCUAUAUUGUGGUGGGCGUGGUGUGCACCUUGCUGGUGGCCCUACUGAUGGCGGCUCUCUACCUCGUCCGAAUCCGACAGAAGAAAGCCCAGGGCUCCACUUCUUCUACAAGGUUGCAUGAACCCGAGAAGAAUGCCAGAAAAAUAACCCAGGACACAAAUGAUAUCACAUAUGCGGACCUGAACCUGCCCAAGGGGAAGAAGCCUGCUCCCCAGGCCGCGGAGCCCAACAACCACACAGAGUAUGCCAGCAUUCAGACCAGCCUGCAGCCCGCGUCGGAGGACACCCUCACCUAUGCUGACCUGGACAUGGUCCACCUCAACCGGACCCCCAAGCAGCUGGCUCCCAAGCCCGAGCUGUCCUUCUCAGAGUAUGCCAGCAUCCAGGUCCUGAGGAAGUAAAUGGGACCGUGGUUUGCUCUAGCACCAAUCUCCAUGCUCUUCCUUGUCCCACAGGGAGCCGCCAUGAUGAGCACAGCCAGCCCAGUUCCCGGAGGGCUGGGGCGAUGCAGGCUCUGGGACCCAGGGGCCAGGGUGGCUCUUCUCUCCCCACCCCUCCUUGGCUCUCCAGCAGCCACGGCCCCCUCUCCCCACAUUGCCACACACCUGGAGGCUGACGUUGCCAAACCAGCCAGGGAACCAACCUGGGAAGCGGCCAGAACUGCCUGGGGUCCAAGAACUCUUGUGCCUCCGUCCAUCACCAUGUGGGUUUUGAAGACCCUUGACUGCCUCCCCGAUGCUCCGAAGCCUGAUCUUCCAGGGUGGGGAGGAGAAAAUCCCACCUCCCCUGACCUCCACCACCACCACCACCACCCCCCAACUGGGGCUUGAGUGGGGAAGAUUUCCCCUUUAGAUCAAACUACCCCUUCCAUGGAAAAGCUGGAAAAAAACUCUGGAACCCAUAUCCAGACCGGGUGAGGUUGCUGCCAACAGUCCUGGCCUCCCCCAUCCCUAGGCUAAAGAGCCAUGAGUCCUGGAGGAGGAGAGGAUCCCUCCCAAAGGACUGGAGACAAAACCCUCCGCUUCCUCAGGUCCCUCCAAGACUCCCUGGGGCCCAACUGUGUUGCUCCACCCGGACCCAUCUCUCCCUUCUAGA